CCCAGAUGUUGUCCCAGCAGCAGCAGCUCCAACGACUGAUAGCCCUGUCGAGGCAGAGAAACAGAGAGGAGGGAGAUGCGAAGGAAGGAUGAACGUGACGGGGGUGAACGGGACCAUAGUCUAUCAAGAAGGAGGCUCGACGUGCCGUUGGCUCGUAGAAGUCGGAAGAGGUUACCUUGUGGUCCUCAACCUCUCCCAGUUGCAGCUGCAGAGCGAGCGCUCCUCCCUCGCCGUCUUCACUGCAAAUGCCUCGGACGGGGAAGAGACGAAUCGACUUCUGGACCCUUCUCACCUGCUCCUCAACAUUACCGGAGGUUCCGACGCCGCCGCUCCAGCUGCCCUCAACUGCGACUCGGAUAGAGUCCUAGUCGUGUUCCAACCGGCGGACGAAGUCGAGGACAAGGCUGAGAGUCUCUCGGUGACGUGGCAUCGUGUCCCACGUCCAGUGGUUGCCAAGGGCCCAGCGAUGAGGAGAGAGAAGAGAUACGUCACCUUGUGCCAGAAGGAGCUUUACAGCUCCAGCACCUGCAUCCGAAUAGACGUGUGCAACUCGACAUGUGGCAAUGGAAGGUGCAGCAACCUGGACGGAGUCUGCAUGAAGAAAGGAGAUCAGUGCACUCUCAAGGGAGAUUCCUUCUACAUCCCUUG